AGAAAAAGCCACGUCAGCUUUUCGUGCACACCCAUUCAGUAAAGUCCACGACAUCUUAAUUCAGACUUUGCUGCGCAGAAUUACAAGGUGAUUGAGGAAAUUGCGUGAGAUUAGGUUGACUAGACCUGGGUAAACAUCACAGAGGCAAUGAAGAAAUCUAAAGUCACAAAGUACGUGAAAAACGCAGCAGAAGCAGCAAAAGUGGAAGCAGCGCUUCCAAUGGUUUAAGUAAAAGAAAAUCAGAUAAAAUUCAGUGCUCGUGCAUAUAUCACGGAAGUUAAGAGCUCCACAAAAAUGAAAUUUUAAUUUUUGCAAAAGUUUUGCACGCUUGGUCGAUAAUUAAUUGCAACAAUAACAACACACACACACACACAUACAUAAACCAAAUGGCACCAGUAAACGGAGUGCUUUUAUCCAAGUGUGUGCCUCUUGGCACCAACUUGAAUCUGAGUGCGUUGCCCAAGCUGCGACCUGCGCCCCUGUCAGCAACCGCGGUGCUGCUCAAGGGUGGCUCUUCGCCGUCCAGCUCGGGCUACGCAUCCUCAUCCAACAGUGUGGCAGAUGAGGAGUCAAUGUCAAUGGCUUCGAACGCUGCUGCGCCCACGAAGGCCAAAAAGCGGCGCCUGGAUCACCUGUCCUGGGAGGAGAAAGUCCAGAGAAAGAAACUAAAGAACCGUGUGGCCGCACAAACCAGCCGGGACCGCAAGAAGGCGCGUAUGGAGGAGAUGGAAUAUGAAAUCAAGGAACUAACUGAAAAAACGGAAAUACUGCAAAACAAAUGCGAGAGCUUACAGAGCAUCAACGAAUCUCUGCUGGCCAAGAAUCAGAAGCUCGACUCGGAAAUGGAAGUAUUGCGACAGGAACUUGCCGAAAUGAAACAGCUUGCCAAAAACCACAGCAACAGCGCUAGCGUCAAUGCAAACGCUGAGGGCUGUGUGUCCACACUCACUGGAUGCAGCAUCCAAUGCUGACCCUCUGCAGCAGGGUACACAAGUGGACACACAGUCGUCAGCGCAUGCCUUGACCUCGAAGAAGUUGCAACAGCAGCUGAAACAGAGCAACACAACGGCCUCACUUUGGAGAAUUGUGGCGCUCUGCCUUCUAUACAAGACAUGCUGCUCGUCGACGAUGAGGAGUUCGAUGCGCGACGCCUCGAAGAGCUGGCCGAAAGUCUCCUCGCAGAUAUCGCAGCAGACCUGGAAACAGGCAGUGGCACAUGCGACGAAGCUGCUCCCAAAGAUGCAGGCAAGCCAGAGCGAUUGCCUGGACCAAUGGUGGGGACCACAGCAGAGUGCCUGGAAUCCGACAGGCAUAGAGCUGAUGGCUUAAGCAAUGACACCAAAACGCAUCCCUUUAUAAUAUGCACACCAACACCUACUAAGAACAGCACUGACAUCAAGAACAGCCCGUGUAUGCAGGUGUCACAAAUAAAUGGAAACCCACAAAAGAAAGCUACAGCCACAACGAUACCAACAACAACGACAAUUUCAGCAGCUGCGUUCCUGCAAAGCGCCACACCCGACACGGUGUAUGGCACCUACGAUGCCAAAACCAACUCCAUCACAAUUGUCAUGGAUGGCGAUGCAGUGCCUGUCAACGAGGCAGUCGAGGAAAUCUACGGCGAGGGCGUCACUGCUGGCGAGGACUCUACAGAUGUUAUCAUGAAGUGCCCGCCGCCAGCAACGUCACCCUCGCAGGUUUACCUCAACGUGAUAAACGCCACCGACGACUCGGAUGAUGAAGCGACCAGCCAUCUAAAUUUCGAGCCCAUUGAGAAAUUCCUUAGUCCGCGCAUUAAGGCCAUCUCACCGCUGGGCAAAUCGCCCGCCCGCUCCAUGCAUUCGGUCACUUCGGAUCAUGGCUAUGAGUCAGUUAUAGGCUCACCAGCAUCCACGACUCUGUCCCAUUUGGACAACGAUAUUGCUCUGCCCACUGAAGAUGACGAUUUCCCCUGGGAGAGCAAUUUCGAUGAGCUGUUCCCCAGUUUAAUAUGAGUUCACAUGAACUUCAGAGAGGCUUCGUAAAUGUUAAUUUUUCAAAUUGAAAAACCUGUUGGAUCAUCCAAUUCUCUCUCUCUUAACAUGUUAGUUUAUGUUUAAAAUCUGGCCGGCCGCUUUCAUUUUAAGUGUUUUAGCUCGUAAUAUACGCAGUCGUAGUUGUUGAAAAUGGGAAAACCAAAGUUUUCUCAUCUCUGUACAGAAUUUGUCAUCGAAGGCUUUAUAUGAUAUUGAACUAAAAAGUAGUCGCUAAGCUAAUUUGUAAGUUUCUAUUUAUAUUUAACACCUGUCAUUCACAUAGGCUAAUAUUUUUGUAAUUGUAAUAUUUCAAUGUGCUCAAAGAAUUAUCCAAAAACAUGCAGACCACGUACAUAUAUAUGUGAAUAUUCAAAAUAUAUAAAGAC